CGUCUCGGUGGCCCCAUUGCCAAUCUUCCGCCAAGCUUGACACCGAGACGCCAAGCCUCUCCGAGAUCCAUCUUCUAUAACCAUGGGCUGCUCCUAUUCCACGCCGAAUGACCAAAUGCAGACGUUUAAUAGGCCCGAGUUCUCCAUCGAGCUGUCGAUUGCCAAGCGGCCAGGAGGACCGGACGUUGGCCCCAUUCACGCCAACGACCGGAGUAGCGAUGGAUCGACGCCCAGUGAAUUGGAGCUAGAAGAGGAGACAGCCCCGAAAGCAGUAAUAAAGACGAAGAAGCUACCAGUUGGCGUGAUCAUCUUCUACGUUGUCAAGGUCGUCGCCAACGAGGACGGUGUCAUGUUCUACCACUUCUGUGGCACAAGCGCAAAGGAACCGACCAAACGGGUUCUCCUCGCCAAGUGCUAUUCUGAUUUUAAGUCGCUGCACGCAGAGAUGGCGGAGCUGAUGGCGAGCGAGAGGAAUGUACCAGCAGCACAGCAACACUUGUUCGAGACGCACCCGGCACUGCCGGAGAUGCCCAAGUCGAACGCCUGGACAUAUUUUCGUGGCCGCUACAAUGAGACGGUGCUGGAAGAGCGUGAGGACCAGUUUACCAGAAUCCUGAACGCCAUUUCGAGGCACCCCGUGGCGUACAAAAGCAAACCCUUUACGAGGUUCUUACUGGCUUAGAUUAAUAGUAGUUUGUACACUUUGCAGCCGUGUGUCAACAAAAUAUGAAAAGACAAAUGAAAAACUUGACAAGCGGUGUGCUUCAAGUGAUUGUUGAAGCCACAUACAGGCA